UGGACAGAUAGAUCUCCAACUCAUGUAGCUGACGAACUGCUGGUCAAACGAAUCAUUAAUAAAUUGGAACUCAAACUACUUGAUGGUCGUCUUUAGGAAGAAGAAGAAGAAAAACAGAAACAGGGCUUUCAUCUGACGGAAUCAUCAAUAAUCCAAUCAGAUGAGGUUCACACUCGUACCUCACUCUGGUCUCACAAAGCAACUCAGCUCACUCCAAGCUAAUUCCAACUCAAUCAAACGUCACUCUGCUCUCAUCAUGCCCAUCAAUGAAAUACCACAUCAGCCUCACCAGAAGAACGAUCCAAGCUGUUCAGACUCUCAUCGAACUGGAACACAUGAAAAACUACUUCCACUGGGCGAUCAAGCUAAGAAACCUCUCAAGAGCCACAAUCCAAAUACUCAAAUCACUAUCAGCGGCUUUCCAUUCUCCGAUCGUGCCCAACCACCCCAUCUUAGUCAUCAUCAGUCACAUCAAUCAAAGAAUCUCGAACAAGUCACCCCAUCCCUCGCCAAUUCUCAAUCUCUUUCCAACUUCUUACGCUCCCUGGAGAAUCAAGAUUUUCAGGCGACCCUCGCCAAUUUCAAUCGACUCACUGCUUCCCAAAAGUCUCGUCUCUCAACUCAUGUCUAUGAUUCCUUGUUUUGGUUGGCCGGUCGAAUCCUGGAGGAAGACAAGAUCAUCAAUCCGAUUAACGACCAUUACCAACCUAAUACCGCACCUCAGAACCUAUUGAUCGAAUCAGGAAGGCAGAAUCAUUCCUAUACGAUCGAUUAUUGUCAAGUCCAGGCCCGGUUAAUGAAAGUCAAUGAUCUGUUCCAUUCCAUCCAACGCGCUCUAUCACCCGAUCAGCUUCAUUUUUACCUCCAAAAUACCAUCCUAUCUGCGGCCCUCGUUUUACGAAGAUCUUAUCAAUCAUCUAACAGCCAAGCUCCAGAUGAACAUUCCAGGGAGAUCUUCUUAGAAGCCCGGGAACAAAUCUCGGGUAUUAUUGAAAGGCUACCAGCACUCCAUCAGAUACCCACCCCAACGGCCGACCAACUAGCAGAAGCUGUUCCGUUCGAAAUUCUCGGUCUCUAUUCUCGUUUUUUGGCAGUCUUCCAUCAGCCUAACCAGGGGCUCAAGUUGAUGCGAAAGGUUUACUAUGGAUAUCUGAUCAGUCGACGACGGAAGAUGAUAACUGAAGAAGAACUUCCAGACCCCAAUCAUCACCGAGCUCAAUCAAACGAUUCAUCAGCCAUCGAAACCGGCUCAUUGAUCAUCUCACUCUUGCGUCAAAAGAUUCAUCAUCGGCUGGCCGCGCUCAAGUUGGCUGUUCGAAUGAUCACCAUCGGUGGACUCUAUCCCGACCAGUUCCAUCUGACUAGUCUGCUCCGACGGAUGUACAUGUCCAAACCUGAGUGGGAUUCGACCCUAGAAUUCUUGGCCCAAUUACCAGAUCGAUCGGCCUCUCGUUGGUUACAAACUCAAGUGGCGAUCGUCGAAGCUGAAGAUGGAAGGGUCGAACGGGUCCUCAAGUUAUCUGCCGAAGCAUUAGAACUACCCCCUAGCUUACAGGGAGAUUUCUUGGCACCUGAUGCAAUCAACUCGGAGAUCUUUGCUCAUGCUAUCCAAGGAUUGAUCAUUAACUACGAAACGCCAAAUUCAGAUCUUGCCUCAGGCUUACGAGGGGCCAUAGCCAUCCGGACGAGGAUGGUCAAAUCGGGUAUCCUGCCUGAUUCGGAAUCCGACGACCUGAUCCUCCGACGGAUAUGUAGUGUUGCUCAAGGGAUCAAGUCACCUGUUAGCAGACACGAGUUCCUCUCGGAGAUGAUCGGGGGGAUGUUCCCGACUUCGAAGAUCGUCCCGAUCCGAUCAGAACCGUUGAGGAGCUUCAGAUUUACAUCCCAUCCAGGGAAGUCGCCUGAGGCAUUCAGACUGAUGAGAUUAUUGAUGGAAUUCAACGAGCUCGAUCUCUCCCUGCACCUCUUCCAGUCAAUCUCUCGAUACGGCUACGUCAGCAGUCUCACCUCCAUCCCGUUCUCCUAUCUGAAGCGCUUGUUGGGGAAGGCUUUGCACUGUCACCCCGAGUUGGCAAUGGAGCUUUACCAACACUUGCACAUGUCCGGCUCGGAUCGGACGGGCGAGUUAUUCGGAGCGGUCAAGGCGAAGGCUAUCGAGAUGGGUGACGACCGACUGGCGGAGUAUCUUCUCAAGAUCUCAGACGGCCAAGAUCGGAGUCCGCAUGCGACUCGGAUUACCAGCUUCAUCGCCGGCUUUUCCAGGAGGAGAGCCAGCCCAGGAAACGUGGCCAAGACGUUGUCUCUGUUCAAUUCGUUGUGGAACCGAUGGUCGGGCGCAUCGAUCGAGCCCCCCGUCUGGGCCGCCCUCUCCGACCAAAUCCUCCGGCUCGGCCCCCUCAAGCUCGCCCAACGUCCCGAACUCAGGCCGCAGAUCGAUCUGAUUCUCAGGCGAUUGGAACAGGCUGCUCUCGAGCCCACCGAGUUGAUCAAGAUCAAGAAAAAGAUGAUCGAGGUGGUCGAAGUCAGCAAAUUGAUCCAACCGGAUCUGCCCAUUCCGAUCGAUCAUCACUCCCAACGACCAGAAAAAGAAUCACCUCAUCAUCUAUCUACAAAUCAACAACCUUUUAAGGACGACAAUCAACUCUUGAAUGUGAUUGAUCCUUCGAUUCAAACCUUUGAAGAUUUGAUCGCCCUUUAUAUCAGAGAGAACCGGCUGGAUCGGGCGGUUGAGGCCAGUCAAAGAGCGAUCGGGAAGGAGAUCUUGGUCAGAGGGCCGAUGAUGGGCCGACUGUUGAACACAUUGGUCGACGAACUUGGGCGUUAUUGUCAGUCUCAAGAUGAUGAUGAUGAUGAUGAUGAUCAUCAUCCUCAUCAAAAUGAGACGACGGAGAAGGAGAAAGACGACAAUCGGGCAGUAAACGGGGCUUGCAGUCGUGAUACUCUGGUCGAUUCUAUCCUGCUUGUCAAUCAGGAAUGGCGAGCGAUUGCUUGGAAAGCUCAUCCAAUCCUUAGAGGAAACGAUGCAGAGGUCGUCCGGGCUAUGGAGCGGUUCUAUCGACUCGCUCUAUCUCCUCCUCAAUCUUCCUGUCCUUCUUCUUCUUCUUCUUCGUAGUCUUAACUAACAAAAAAACACACACACCUUGUCUUCCGUUGCCCUAUUUUUGGUUUGUUUGUCAAAUGAAUAAAUUAAAGCAUGGCUUAUCAGG